AUGAUAACACAAAACACUUAUUUUUUCAAGUUUUCUGUGUUGUUUGUCCCAUGUUUAUUAACAAACAUUAAUUUCUCAUAUGGAGCUGACAGUAUCACAGUAAACCAAUCUCUUUCUGGAAACCAGUCAAUUGUCUCUUCUGGUAACACCUUUGUGCUGGGAUUCUUCACACCAGGUAAUUCUUCCCGGUAUUAUGUAGGAAUUUGGUACGAAAAUAUUAGUCCAAGAACCAUUGUUUGGGUAGCAAAUAGGGAGACACCCAUUUCAGACAUGAAUUCUGUAGAACUGAAAAUUUUAGAUGGGAAUUUGGUGCUUAUGGAUAAGUUCCAUGUUUCGAUUUGGUCCACCAAUGUAAACUCGACAACCUCAAAUUCUGUAGUGGCAACUCUAGGUGAUAAUGGGAAUUUAGUUUUGAGAGAUGGAUCAGAACCUAGGACAAGUAAAGGAUUUUGGCAAAGUUUUGAUAAUCCAACAGAUACAUGGUUGCCUGGUGCUAAACUUGUUUAUGACAAACAUACAAAAACAAAGCAACUCCUCAUUUCUUGGAAAAAUUCUGAGGAUCCUGCACCUGGGCUCUUCUCCAUUGAACUCGAUCCAAAUGGGAGUCAGUUUAUUAUAAGACGGAAUAGGACUGAACAAUACUGGACUAGUGGAGCUUGGAAUGGGCGUAUUUUCAGUUCACUUCCUGAACUGAAUUAUGUCUAUAAUAUUAGUUAUGUUGAUAAUGAAAAUGAGACUUACUUCACAUAUUCUCUUUAUGAUCCCUCCAGUUUAUUUAAAUCCGUGAUGGAUAUUUCGGGGCAAAUUAGGCAGUCAUCAUGGUCGGAGAAUGUGAAGGAGUGGAAUUUGUUGUGGUCUCAACCCAGGCAGCAAUGUGAGGUGUAUGCUUAUUGUGGGGCAUUUGGGACCUGCAAUCAGAAUUCAUUGUCCUCCUGUAAUUGUUUGCAGGGAUUUAAAAAGAAGUCAGAAACUGAUUGGAAUUUGAAGGAUUAUUCGGGUGGCUGUGUAAGAGAGAUUGAUUUAUUGCAGUGUGAGAAUGGUAGUACUUAUACGGACAGAAAAUACAAUUUUUUGGCCAAUUCCCAUGCUAGUUUACCUGAAAGUUCUCAAUUAGCCACGGUAAGGAGUGCUGGAGAAUGUGAAUCUGUCUGUUUGGGUAAUUGCUCUUGCACAGCUUAUUCUUACUAUGGCAAUGCAUGCUCGGUUUGGAAUGGUGAAUUAUUGAAUUUUCAACAACUCUCGGAAAAUAAUGGCAGUGGAAGAACGAUUUACAUUCUACUUUCCGCCUCUGCCUCCCAGUUUUCAAGAACCAAAAAAGGUAAAGCGGUUAUAAUAGGUGCAGUUGUGGGUUCUGUUGCUGUUGUUAUUGUCCUAUUCACCAUUGUUGGGUUCGUGAUCUGGAGACGUCAAAGGAGAAUUCGGACUCCAAAAGUAGUCGAAGGAUCAUCGAUAGCAAACUUAGGGGAAGAUAACAAAAGCAGUAUCAGUGUUCCUUUCUGCAGUUGGGAAAGUAUAUUAGCUGCUACAGAGAACUUUUCAGAUGCACACAAACUUGGGCAAGGUGGAUUUGGACUUGUUUACAAGGGAAUGUUUCCUGGAGGACAAGAAAUUGCAGUUAAAAGCAAGCUUCUGCUCUUGCCCAUUCCUCUCAGAUCACUGUUUCUCCAAGUGCUUCUGUUUCUUGCAAAUAGAUCUUCUGCCCAGGGCCUCUGCAAGGAUAUCCAAGAGGUUAAAUUGGAGCAGCGGCUUCAAAUGCUCAAAAUAUUCAAGGAUCAUUCAAGCAAACAAUGUGUCUUGGAUGAUUUUGAGUUCUAUAAGGAUAGCCACAAGAGAAUUCAGGAGAAGAAAGCUAAGCAACAGCUGUUUCAGAAGCAGAUGCAGGUGUGGGAAGGUAAGCCUGCCGAAGAGAAGAUAAAGGAAGACACAAAUGGAGAUAUCAAAUCCAAAACUUCAGAAGUUAUUUCUGAUGUGGUCAAGGGACUACAAAUCCUUGGCCACGUGAAAUUCAUCUAUGGUAGACUUGCUCACAGAUGA